UUCGUUGUUGUUGUCCCGCUUCUGUCCAUCCUUGGCAUUGGUUUUUUUAUCUUCUUCUCUCUAAAACUGUUGGAAAAUCCUUUGAAUCCUUCAAUAAAUCGCGUUUCAACCCUGAAUUUUCUUCAACGAACUGAUGUUUAGAAGCAACAAUGUUGCUGCGCGGAUUUUUGAGCGUCAGAUUCACACUCCUGCUCCUGGAACCAGUUUUCACCAUGCUAGGAGAUUUUAUGAGAAUAUAGUUCCCAAUUGUAGCAUAUAUGAUGUUGAGUGUCCUGAUCAUUCAUUCCGAAAGUUUACUGAUGAUGGUCAUUACCUUAUAAGCUUUAGCAGAAACUAUCAGGAUUUGAUUGUUUAUAGACCGACAUGGUUAUCGUUUUCAUACAAAGAAGAUUGUGAUUCUCAUGAUCUUCCUGCAAAAUCCAAGAGAUUCGAUAGUUUCUUUGUCCAACUAUAUUGUACACAACUUGCAACUGGUGGUGAGUUCAUCUGCAAAGACUUCUUCAUUUACUUGGAGGGUAACCGGUAUGGUAUUUUUGCAACUUCGACCCCACAUGUACAAGAUGCACCCGCUGUUGGAGGAGCAAUUCAAGGAGUGCCUUCCAUUGAGAAGACAACAUUUCAUCUUUUAAGAUUGGAAGAUGGAGUUGUACUUGAUGAAAGAGUUUUCCAUAAUGAUUUUAUAAAUAUGUCCCAUAAUAUGGGUGCAUUUUUGUAUGACGAUCUACUGGCAAUAGUGUCAGUUCGUUACCAAACAAUUCACAUUCUCCAAAUUAGGGAUUCAGGCAAUCUUGUAGAUGUUCGAGCAAUUGGGGCAUUUUGUCACGAGGAUGAUGAACUUUUUCUCAAUUCAAAUGCACAGGGCUUAGAAAACCCCAACAAAAGUAAACUUCAUCAAGAGGCUAUAGAUCAAGACGGGAAUGACACAUAUUUGGAGCCAUCUAUUUAUGAGAACUCUUUCCUAACUGCAAUCAAACAACGCUUGCUUUCUUUCAUAUUUCGCGGGACAUGGAAUGAACAGACUGAUCAGGCCCAGAGAAUCCAGUGUUUGAAGAAGAAGUUUUACUUCCAUUUUCAAGACUAUGUUGAUUUGCUCAUCUAUAAGGUGCAAUUCUUGGACCGACAUCACCUACUUAUAAAGUUUGGAAGCGUUGAUGGAGGGGUGAAUAGGAGUGUUGAACAGCACCCUGCAUUCCUUGUUGUUUAUAACAUGGAGACAACUGAAGCUAUUGCAUUUUACCAGAAUGCAUCGGAUGAGCUAUAUUUAUUGUUUGAACAAUUUUAUGAUCAUUUCUUUGCAACACCUAAGAAUUCAUUGCAUAUGAAUUUUAUAUCCUCUCACUCAAAUAAUAUUCAUGCUCUUGAGCAACUAAGAUGUAACAAGAACAAAUUCACCAGUUUUUCUCAGUUCGUGAAGAAGAUGUUAUCCUUAUUGCCUUUUACCUGCCAGUCACAAAGUCCAUCUCCAUAUUUUGACCAAAGUCUCUUUCGGUUUGAUGAAAAGCUAAUUUCCGCCACUGAUCGGCAUAGACAGUUCAUGGAUCACCCAAUCAAGUUUAUUGGAAGGAGGCCACCACAUGCUUUGAAAUUUAAAAUAAAACCAGGUCCAGAAGUUGGAGUAGCAGAUAGCAGCUUGAAGAAAAUAUCUUCGUUUUUGUUUCAUCCAUUUUUGCCACUUGUUCUAUCGAUUCAGCACACUUUAUUUUUGCAGCCAUCAGUUGUAAAUAUUCAUCUUCGUUGGUAGAAGAAGAAGAAGAAAAGAAGCUUCAAAUUUAACAAGUUUAUUUAUUUUAUAUUAUAGGAUAUUCUUCUUAGUUAACAAUUAUCCUGUUUUAAUAUUGAUAAUUGAAUAUUACUUUCUCCUCAAUGAGGUUACACGGGUUUGUUU